AAACAACCAAUCCCCUUUCACUUUUCCAAACACUUCCUAAUUCCCACUCUCUCUCCUCUAUCUCCAGAGCACGUGAAAAUCAUGGCUUAUCUCCUUUCUCUCCUCACAUUCUCUCUCCUCCUUUUAGUCACCGCCAUCUCCGGUGAAACUUCCGGCGCCGUUAUUUUUUCCGAUGACUCAAUUAUCCGGCAGGUAGUCGGCGAUGUCAACUCACUCGAUUUAUCCCAACCACACCAGCAUUUUUCUCUGUUCAAGGCGCGUUUUAAGAAAUCCUACGCUAGCCAAGAGGAGCAUGAUUACCGUUUUGAGGUAUUUAAGGCUAACCUGCGCCAAGCUAAGCUGAACCAGGAACUUGACCCGACUGCGAUACAUGGGGUGACCCGAUUCUCUGAUUUGACCGAGUCUGAAUUUAGGAAUAAAUACUUGGGUGUUCGAAGUAAGUUGAAAUACCCAGCUCAUGCUAAUAAAGCACCUCUUUUGCCUACUGAUAAUCUUCCGGAUGAGUUUGAUUGGAGGAAACUUGGUGCUGUUACUCCUCCUAAAGAUCAGGGUGGAUGUGGAUCUUGCUGGUCCUUCAGUACCACUGGUGCCGUGGAAGGUGCACACUUUCUUGCAACUGGUGAACUUGUGAGCCUUAGUGAACAGCAGCUUGUUGACUGUGAUCGCGAGUGUGAUCCAGAAGGUGAACCAGAUGACUGUGAUCAAGGUUGUGCUGGUGGGUUGAUGAACAAUGCCUUUGAAUAUCUUCUGAAAGCCGGUGGAUUAAUGCGCGAGGAGGAUUAUCCAUACACUGCUCGGAAUGGUCGCUGCCGAUUUGACAACACCAAGAUUGCUGCUAAGGUGGCUAACUACAGUGUUAUUCCUGUCAAUGAAGCCCAAAUUGCUGCAAACCUUGUGAAAAAUGGUCCCCUUACUGUGGGCAUCAAUGCACGCUACAUGUCAUCUUACAUAGGAGGAGUUUCAUGCCCGCUGACAUGUUCAGCCGAUUUGGAGCAUGGGGUACUAUUGGUUGGCUAUGGCUCUGCAGGUUAUUCUUCAGUGCGGGGAAAAGAGGAGCCGUAUUGGAUCAUUAAGAACUCGUGGGGUAAAUACUGGGGAGAGAACGGGUAUUACAGAUUGUGUAGGGGUUACGAUCUUUGUGGUGUCAACACUUUGGUGUCUACUGUUGCCACAGAACCUGUUACACCUCCGUUGCAGUGAACACAUGUUUGGCAUAUUGAAGUAAUUAUAGUCUUCCGUGAACACAUGUUCGGCAUAUUGAAGUAAUUAUAGUCUUCCGUGAACACCUCAGUAAAUUAUGAAUAAUGAGGCCGUGACUAGAAAUUAUAGUCUUCCGUCAAGGCUUCAUCUCUAGCAUUGUUACGCUAUUGAAGUCCGUUGAAAGGAUGACUAUUAAUGUAAAAUGACAUGUUCCAUCUGUACUUCGGCUUUAUUCCUAAUCCAUUGUUAAAUCUUGGAAAGUA